GGGCGCAGCGGGGCAGAGCCGGCUCCAGAGGCGCGGCGGCCGCGGGAGGAGCAGGCGCGGAGCAGCAAGCGCAGGCCGCGCCGGCCCGACGGGAACAGCGCCGGGCGCGGGCCGCCUUCUCCGAGCCGCCUGCGCGCGAGCCGCGUCCCUUGGCCGCCGCCGGCGGGGAAUGAGCGCGGAGGGGCUGCGGCCGCCCCCCGCGCCGCCCAGGCCGUGACCGGGCGGGGGGCGGCUGCACUAGCGCCCGCAGCCCGGGGGCUCGUGGAGCCCGGAGCGGCAACCAUGGACUGCAGCCUACUGAGGACGCUCGUGCGCAGAUACUGUGCAGGAGAAGAGAACUGGGUGGACAGUCGGACCAUCUACGUGGGACACAAGGAGCCCCCUCCGGGCGCAGAGGCCUACAUUCCACAGAGAUAUCCCGACAACAGAAUCGUCUCCGCCAAGUACACAUUUUGGAACUUCAUACCUAAGAACCUGUUUGAACAGUUCAGAAGAAUAGCCAACUUUUAUUUUCUCAUCAUCUUCCUGGUGCAGUUGAUCAUCGACACACCCACAAGUCCAGUGACAAGCGGGCUCCCACUCUUCUUCGUCAUCACUGUCACAGCCAUCAAGCAGGGUUAUGAAGACUGGCUUCGCCACAAGGCAGACAAUGCCAUGAACCAGUGUCCCGUGCAUUUCAUCCAGCAUGGCAAGCUGGUCCGGAAGCAGAGUCGGAAGCUGAGAGUUGGGGACAUUGUCAUGGUGAAGGAAGAUGAGACCUUUCCCUGUGACCUGAUCUUUCUCUCCAGCAACCGGGCAGAUGGGACCUGCCAUGUCACUACCGCCAGCUUAGAUGGAGAGUCGAGCCAUAAAACUCACUACGCAGUGCAGGAUACCAAGGGCUUCCACACAGAGGAAGACGUCGAUGGGUUGCAUGCCACCAUCGAGUGUGAACAGCCACAGCCCGACCUCUACAAGUUUGUGGGGCGCAUCAAUGUUUACAACGACCUGAACGACCCUGUGGUAAGGCCAUUGGGAUCAGAAAACCUGCUUCUCAGAGGCGCCACACUCAAAAACACAGAGAAGAUCUUUGGUGUGGCCAUCUACACGGGCAUGGAGACCAAGAUGGCCCUGAACUAUCAGUCCAAGUCCCAAAAGAGAUCUGCUGUGGAAAAGUCAAUGAAUACAUUCCUGAUUGUGUACCUCUGCAUCCUGGUGAGCAAGGCCCUGAUCAACACUGUGCUGAAGUAUGUGUGGCAGAGUGAGCCCUUCCGAGAUGAGCCAUGGUACAACCAGAAGACUGAGUCAGAGCGCCAGAGGAAUCUGUUUCUCAGGGCCUUCACCGACUUCCUGGCCUUCAUGGUCCUCUUCAAUUACAUCAUCCCGGUGUCCAUGUAUGUCACAGUGGAGAUGCAGAAGUUCCUUGGCUCCUACUUCAUCACCUGGGAUGAAGACAUGUUUGAUGAGGAGAUGGGGGAAGGGCCUCUGGUGAACACGUCUGAUCUAAACGAGGAGUUGGGACAGGUGGAGUACAUCUUCACAGACAAGACGGGCACCCUUACAGAGAACAACAUGGCCUUCAAGGAGUGCUGUAUCGAGGGUCACGUCUACGUGCCCCAUGUCAUCUGCAAUGGACAGGUCCUCCCCAACUCUUCUGGCAUCGAUAUGAUUGAUUCUUCCCCGGGCGUCAGUGGAAGGGAGCGGGAGGAGCUCUUUUUCAGGGCUAUCUGCUUGUGCCACACCGUCCAGGUGAAGGAUGACGAUUAUGGGGAUGAUGUAGAUGGUCCCCGGAAAUCUCCAGACUCUAAGUCCUGUGUGUACAUAUCUUCCUCGCCUGACGAAGUUGCACUGGUUGAAGGUGUGCAGAGGCUUGGUUUCACAUACCUGAGACUGAAGGACAAUUACAUGGAAAUACUGAACAGGGAGAAUGACAUUGAGAGAUUUGAACUGCUGGAAGUUCUGAGUUUUGACUCUGUGCGGAGAAGAAUGAGUGUGAUUGUAAAAUCUGCUACAGGAGAAAUCUAUCUGUUUUGCAAAGGAGCAGAUUCUUCAAUAUUUCCCCGAGUGAUAGAAGGCAAAGUGGACCAGGUCCGGUCCCGAGUCGAGCGCAAUGCAGUGGAGGGGCUGCGAACCCUGUGUGUUGCCUACAAGCGGCUUGAGCCUGAAGAGUAUGAAGAUGCUUGCAAACUGCUGCAGGAUGCCAAAGUGGCGCUUCAAGAUCGGGAGAAGAAGUUAGCGGAAGCCUACGAGCAGAUUGAGAAGGACCUGAUUCUGCUUGGUGCUACAGCUGUCGAGGACCGGCUGCAGGAGAAGGCCGCUGACACAAUCGAGGCGCUGCAGAAGGCGGGUAUCAAGGUCUGGGUGCUCACUGGAGACAAGAUGGAGACGGCCUCAGCCACCUGCUAUGCCUGCAAGCUCUUCCGCAGGAGCACCCAGCUGCUCGAGCUGACCACCAAAAGGCUCGAGGAGCAGAGCCUGCACGAUGUUCUGUUCGAGCUGAGCAAGACCGUGCUGCGCUGCAGCGGAAGCCUGACCAGGGACUCCUUCUCGGGCCUUUCGACAGACAUGCAUGACUAUGGCUUGAUCAUCGAUGGAGCUGCGCUGUCCUUGAUCAUGAAGCCCCGGGAGGACGGAAGCUCCUCAGGCAACUACAGAGAGCUCUUCCUGGAGAUCUGCAGGAACUGCAGCGCAGUGCUGUGCUGCCGCAUGGCACCCUUGCAGAAGGCCCAGAUUGUUAAACUAAUCAAAUUUUCAAAGGAGCAUCCUAUCACCCUAGCGAUUGGUGACGGUGCAAAUGAUGUCAGUAUGAUCCUGGAGGCCCACGUGGGCAUAGGCGUCAUCGGGAAGGAGGGUCGCCAAGCUGCCAGGAACAGCGACUAUGCAAUACCCAAGUUCAAGCACUUGAAGAAGAUGCUUCUUGUUCACGGGCAUUUUUAUUAUAUCAGGAUAUCUGAGCUUGUGCAAUACUUCUUUUAUAAGAAUGUCUGCUUCAUUUUCCCUCAGUUUUUGUACCAGUUCUUCUGCGGAUUUUCACAGCAGACUUUGUACGAUACUGCGUAUCUGACCCUCUACAACAUCAGCUUCACUUCCCUCCCGAUUCUCCUGUACAGCCUCAUGGAGCAGCACGUGGGCAUGGAAGUGCUCAAGAGAGACCCGUCCCUGUACAGAGACAUCGCCAAGAACGCGCUGCUCCGCUGGCGGGUGUUCAUUUACUGGACGUUUCUCGGCGUAUUUGACGCUUUGGUAUUUUUCUUUGGUGCUUAUUUCAUGUUCGAAAACACAACCGUGACCAGCAACGGACAGAUGUUUGGGAACUGGACCUUUGGGACACUGGUGUUCACUGUGAUGGUGUUCACUGUCACACUGAAGCUUGCGCUGGACACACACUACUGGACUUGGAUAAACCACUUUGUCAUCUGGGGGUCACUGCUCUUCUACAUCGUUUUCUCCCUGCUCUGGGGAGGAAUUAUCUGGCCCUUCCUCAGCUAUCAGCGGAUGUACUAUGUGUUCAUACACAUGCUGUCCAGCGGGCCUGCCUGGCUGGGCAUCACAGUGCUUGUCACUGUCAGCCUCCUCCCUGAUGUCCUCAAGAAGGUCUUGUGCAGGCAGCUGUGGCCCACCGCGACGGAGAGGACUCAGAACAUACAACUUCGGAGCGGCGUCUCAGAAUUCACCCCUCUGGCCUCUUUGCAGAGCUGGCGUGCUCCGAGCACCAGACCCUCAGCUGCCCGGUACAGCUCCGGCUCUAGAAGAGCCGUGUGCUCAGGGUGGGAGAACAAAGAGUGCGCCGUGCUCCCACACACACACCCAGGCCUUUCCCACCACACGAGGUAUGGGUGCUGUAGGUCCAGCCUGGGAACACCCACUUGAUGAACAGACAGCAUUCUGUCCCAGCCCCUGAGAGCUGUUCCUGGGUGCCUGUGUGUGCCUGCACCUGCUCCGCCCCAUCCUCAAGGAGGUGGCGUGGAACCAUGGGUCGCCCACUCAGGCACAUCACACUGCAUCUGGACCGUGCGUGUGACAAGCACCGUUGCCCUAGACCUGGUGGCCACACAGACAGUUGGGCUAUGGAAAAGGACAUUUUGCCUGGCUUCACUUAAGCACUGCAGCUGUGAAGCUGGCCUUGCCAGGCCUGAGUGUCCACCCUUUUGCUGUUGCCGCUGUCACCCGAGGAGAAGACCCUGUCCCUUUGUCUGCAGCUGUGUACAUCACACACACGCGCCUGGCUCAUGUUGUUCCCUGAGGUUCCUGACCAAGUGUUUCCUGUGUAAACCACCCACACUUCCUGUUAGGGAAGUGGCCGUAUCAGUCACUAAGAGGCAUGCGUCUCCUGGACCCGAGCCUUGCUGUGCUCACAUUCACCGCCCCCUCACAAGCCAUUUCCCUAGUUCAUAUCUGAGUCUGUCUGCUGAGGAGACACUGACCCUGCGCGGUGGAGCUUUCGAAGGUGUCAGUGUCCCCUUCUUGCCCCCGGCUGCCUGUGGAAGAUGCCAUUCAUGUAUAUGGAUAGAUCGCACUGUUAACCAGGCCCUCAGGAGUGUAGUGAUGUCAGUUUAGCUUAUUGGAAACUAUUUGUUUCGGGGGUACUGGGAAAGGUGGGGGCUUGGGGCACCCAGGCAGGUACUUAUCUCACCCGGAGGUGAGUCCCAUACCCAAAGCUGAUGUGGGCUCACCCGUUCCAGUCUGCUGCUCUGCCUGCCUUCUCUCUCCCCCCCGGCCCCCCCCCCCCGUGCCACACAGAUUCCACCCAGGGCUUCCCUUGGAGUGGACAGGCCGCCAGAGGCCGCUGUACUGUGAAUCCCUGCUGCUUUCUGUGCUGGCGUUUCUGUUUCUGGUGGAUCAUCCAGCAGAGCUGUAAUGGACCUAACAUAGCGAAGAUGUUUCAGAAAGUGCCAGCCAGAGCUUGGGGGAAAGCCAUCCCCAUCCCCGUGGAACCAUGCGGUGGGCCUGGGCCAUAGUGAGGGUCGCAGACACUUGAGAGCCUAUAACCUGGGAAGCACAAAUUUUGUACCAUUAUUAUCCAAGGUUUCCCUAUAAACAGUGUGCUCGAACUGGGGGACCAAUUGACAGGAGGAGCAAUUAUUGGACCUGGCAGCUGGGGGAGGUCGGGAGAACAUGAGCACCACACCAAAGAUGGGGGGAUGGCCUUGAGCUGUGAACAGACAGAAGAAUGUACAGCCCCGCUAAGGGCUGUCCCUGGCUCCACACCCUCAUGCCCGCUCACCCACCUGCGUCGCCAUGUGUCAGCCCAGGGAUGGAGCCCAGUCCACACUAGCCCUUAAACAGUGGUGUGUGCAUUUUUACAGCCCUUUUUAAGAACCCCAAACGGGUACAAACCUACAGGGAGGGCAGGUUCUCUGUAUGUUUAGUUAACAAAUUAUUUGUAAUGUAUUUUUUUAGGGAUCUUAAAACUGCCUUUGCACUGAAGUAUUUUCAUAGCUGUUUCUAUGUCUCUUACUCAUUUGUUGAUGUACGUUCUGGUUUUUAAGUACGCUGUUCAAGCUUUCACUUUUUAAUGUAAGCAUUUUUGGUCACUUUAAAUGCUGGCGAGCGUUCCGGCUGGAUGCUUCUGUACCCGAGCUUUGUGAUUCUGCUCUGUGCCUCUGCGUUUCUUCGUGUUUCUGGAGACUGACCGGGUGAAGGGCGUUCUGAGGGCAUAACCACUUUCUCUUGUUUUGUCACAGUCCUUUGCAUUUUCGUGUUUUCUGUUUUGAUUUUUUUUUCCAAUCCUUCAGCCUUAAACAGAAUAUUCCCUGCAGGCUCUGUGUUCUGCAGCUCGGUGUGAGGACACUCUCUUGCACCUUACCCAAUAGCCUAAGUUUACAUAGGACCAUCCCAGACUUUAUGCACACUCCAGUGUCUUCUAAAAUUGUGCUUAGGAAGUUACCAGACGAAGGUGCCUAAGACUUUGAGAUAGAUGGACAAAGGCAUGGGUAAAAACAAGAGACCAGGUGUGAGUGCUGAAGAUCAUCCACCACCUCACCUCACGGCUGCUGCUUUUUAUUUUCCUUAAAGCGAUUAACUUCCACUCAGAGUAAACAUUUUCUUAAUUGCAUUGCACAUGUCAACAUCUGUGACAUACUUCAUUGGCCAGAAUUCAUGGUUCUGUCCCCUGCAAGACGUCCAUCUCACAUAUGUACGGGGAGUCCUGGCAUCAUAUGUGUUCUCUUUCUGUUCCACACACACCCAUGGACAUUUACAAGAUUGUAUAAGCAUGUACACAUAUGUGCACACACGCAUACACACACAUACCUGUGCAUUUUCCUUCCAGCCUCCAUUCUAAUAGCUCUGUGCAGAGGUUUUGCCUUCUGGAAUCAGGCUACUUACACACACACACACACACACACCUUGGAAGGGUGCUUGGGCUAUGCUCACACAUGGGCUGUGGGUGACAUUGCAUUGCUGGGCUGAGCUCUCCCAUGGAAGUGCACCUCCCAGUCAGGACCUCCUCUUGCUCCCUCAGUCCAGCAAGCAGGAUCCAGGCUAAUGGGAGCUGCACACCGCUCUGAGUGUAGGUACCUGCUCCUUGCCACAUCCUAGCUAGGAAAACAUGCCCCUAAAUCCCAGCGAUCCAUUCCUGAGUACAAGCAGACCAAAGGCCCCACCCAGGGAGCUCCUGGAUGGGAGGAGGCUCCGAAGGUCCAGGUAGCAAAGGGGUGAUGGCAUGGCCCAGGCUGGAGCAGGGACUGUGACAGGGUGACUUUGUCUUUACUGAGCACAUUUUCUAGGAGCAGCUGCCAAAUGUCUUGCGUGUGUUAUCUUGGUGACCUAGGACACUGAGCACCAGCCAGGUGUCUGGUGGUCUAGAGAACGCUACAGCCUGGGUCUCUGAGCCCCCAAGUUCAAGGUGUAUCCGCACUGACUGGUACUGAAUUCCCAUCCACAUUUAUCUCAUCUUGAUGUAGCGUGCUGGCAAUGCCAUAGAACAGCAGGCCCUAUGUUCUACAUUUCUUUUGGAAGUUUCCCAUUUAUUACUAUAAAGACGGGGGAAAAGUCACUUGGCGAAUGCAAUCUUUUUGUUUUAAACGCUAAAAGACAGGUGAAUAGAAGUGGUUCUGAUACUGUGUUUAAACAAAGCUUUAAUGAAGAUGUGUAUGUUGGAAGUAUUAUGAAAGUGUGAUUCUAAUUUUGCAGAAAAAGUCUAUCAAUUUAUAUAGCUUUAUUUUUACCUUAUUAAAUGAUACAGAAUUUUACUAUACAUAUAUUGUCUGACUUAAAAUCAUGUGUGUCUGCAUUACCACUUAAAAUGUCCAUUCACAAUGUAAUGUAUGAACAAGAGAGAAUCUAAGAUGUAUUUAACAUGAAUGGUUACCUGUAGCUGUCAUCGUCAUUAAGUACUGGAUUUGUUUUAAAUUAUCAAAUAUAGUAAGUACACUAAACAUGUCAUUCUCCAACACUAAUGUUUAACCGAUAGCCCAGUAACCUGCUUUAAGAACUUAAAUUGUGAAUUAAACCGGAUCAAACGUC